CGUGGACGUGGAGAGCGGGAGAAGGGAAUUGACUUAGGACUUGCGAGUUUCUUGGUCGCGUAGUGGCAUAGUACAUACUUAUUACGUUAUUACUUAUUCUCAAAUCGUUACUCAACGAUUUUCCUGUUUUCGUCAGUGUCUAUUAACAAAUCAAUUCAAUUUCUUUGUUAUUUUCGUUCACACGGAUUGUCGUCUAUGUUCCGUUUUGUGACUUUCAUCGUUUACGCGAUGGUCUGAGAUCGAUCUUAAAGUCAGUCGAUUAAUAUUUCCAUUGUUUCUUUGUUUUUUAAAUUUUGUCUGAAAAGUGACGGACAACGGACGAUCGAAAAACGAAUACCACUUAAUAUGGAAAGUCUGUGCAACUACGCCAGUGACGACGACAACAGUUCGAGUCCCCGAAGAGAAGUCACUACUAAACUUACCAGAACUAAUGGAAUGGAAGCCGAUGCAAAUUAUGAACAAGUUACCAUGGAUAUGAGUGAGCAGGAAUCAAACCAUAGCUCAACCAAAUCACCUCCACUUAAAAGUCAAACUUCACCUUCUAGUUCGGCAUCAUCUCCUACUUCUAUAUCACAAACUUCGAGAUCACGUCAUACCAGCAAACAUGGAAAUCAUAGUGAUACAAAAAUAAGUAGUUCUGAUGAAGAAAAAAAAAGUCAUAAUCGUCAUAGAAGAAAUAAAUCAAGAGACCGUCAUACUAAAAAGCAUUCUCGUCGGUCAAGAAGUCGCAGUUGUGGUAGAAAACGUUCUCGACGAUCUCGUAGUCAUAGCCGUAACAAAAAACGAUCACGUCGAUCACGCAGCCGAAGUGAAAGAAAUGGUAAUAGCAGAAGAUCCAGUCCUCAUUAUAGACAUGAAACAAAGAAUCACAAUAAACACAGUCGGUCUAAAAGUAAAGAAAAAUAUACAUCGUCACAUAAUUAUUUCUUAGAAAAGAAGGCUAAUAAUAAACGGCAAAUUUUAGAUAAAUUGGGUAUUGAAUUAAAAGUUCCAACAGUUGGAAAUUCAAUAUUGCCAUCAACUACAACAGUCACUCCUCAACUCCUACUACAAAAAUCUAUGGAAGCACAAGUUGAAAAAGUUAAAGUACAAACAGGAAUAGAGUUACCAUCUUACUACAAUCCAGUAGCUGUAAAUCCUAAUAAAUAUGCUGAACAGAUUCAAAAACGCAAACUUUUAUGGGGAAAUAAACAAAACAAUGAGGUUGUUAAACAAAUUGAAGAGGCUAAGCCACCUGUAAUAACUAACAACAAGACUGCAACCAUUUGGCAGUCCACAAAAUUUGGGGAUCAAGAUGGUAAAGUUACUGCCAAAUUCAAAAGGCUAAUGGGCAUCAAAGAUAAUGGGAUAGGUGUUGAUAAUCAAUCAUCUCAACAAGGACAAUCAAAAGACAUUAUUAAAAAACAAGAAGAAAUGUUUAACUCAAUGGAAAGUCAAUAUGAAGUCGCUCGCAUGGCAACACAUACUCAUCGAGGGUUGGGUCUUGGAUUCGGUACAUUUCAACAGCGGUAGAUCUUAUCAUUAAACAUUUAAACAAAUAUUGUACAUUGAAACCACACUAUUAGUAUUUAAUUUUAGGUUUCUAAAUCUGGAAUCUUUUGUAUAUUUUACACUUAUAAUUUAUGUUUUAUU